GAAAUAUUCAGUCUAGCAUUAACCUUACCUUGCUAAGCAAUGUACCGAAAAGUCUCUGUUAUACAAAACAACUUGCAAAUAUGCCAGUUAAGGCAAUUGCGUUCGAUUACUCACACUAUUGAAAAGGUUUCUGAUGAAAACACAGCUAGAAAUCAUGAAUGGGAGCAAGCAAAACCGUUCAAAAGUGUUCCGGGUCCAACAAAACUUCAAUUAAUUCGAAGCUUUUUACCAGGAGGACAUUUUUAUAAGAAAUCAAUGAAUGAAUUUCUUGAUAUAAGUCGAGAAAUGUAUGGCGAUCUGUAUGUGCUACCAGGAUUUCUGGGACGUCCAAAUAUGUUCAUGUCAUACAAUCCGGAAGACAUGCUCACUGUUUUACGUUCGGAAGGUGUUUGGCCUUAUCGACGGGGGCUAGAUACAAUGACUUACUACAGAAAAGUUCAUAGAACUAAAAUGUUUGGCGGUGAAAUUGGACUUGUGGGAUCGAACGACGAAGCUUGGGCCAGAUUUCGAAGUAUGGUCAAUCCGAUUUUGAUGCAACCAAGAAAUGCCAAUCUAUACCUUAACAAUAUGCUAGCAGUUAGCGAUGAGUUCCUUGAGAGAAUUCGAGAAAUUCGUGAUCCAAAGACAAUGGAAGUACCCGACACCUUUGAAGAUGAAAUCAAUCGUCUGACCUUCGAAUCAGUCGCUGUAAUUGCCUUAAAUCGACAAUUCGGGCUUAUACGCAAGAAUCGAAAUGAUAACGAAGCGAAAUUGAUAUUCGAGACUCUUCGCAGCUUCUUCGAAUUAUCAGUAGUCCUGGACAUGGGUCCACCGAUAUGGAAGUAUAUCAAAACCAAGAAAUUUCAUCAGCAGAUGAAAAAUUACGAAACACUUUCGGAGAUCAGCACAAAAUACGUUGAAGAAGCAAUUGAUCGAAUUGAGAACGAUAAAACUCCCCGACGAGAAAAUGAAGAAAAGAGUGUUUUGGAGAAACUUUUGAAAAUCGAUAGAAAUGUAGCCAAAGUAAUGGCUUCGGAUCUAUUAAUGGCUGGAGUCGAUACGACAAGUAGUACUUUGGCUGGAAUUCUGUUGUGUAUUGCCAAAAAUCCUGAUAAACAAGAAAAAUUACGUCAAGAACUUCGUACCAUCAUGCCACACAAGAAUUCUCUUCUAACUAUUGAAAAUAUGAAAAAUAUGCCAUAUCUCCGGGCUUCAAUUAAAGAGGGUAUGAGAAUUUAUCCAAUUGGAUCGGGAACUAUACGUUACAAUAAUGAAGAUAUUGUCAUGAGUGGUUAUCAAAUACCAAAGGGCCAAGAAAUUAUAUUGAAUCACAAUUUUCUUCUGAACACCGAACAGUAUUGUCCCAAGGCCAAGGAGUUUAUCCCAGAGAGAUGGCUUCGCAGUGAAGAGUCCCAAUACACACCGGUGCAUACAUUUUUGUACAUGCCCCUAAGUCAUGGCCCAAGAAGUUGUGUGGGUAAGAGAAUUGUCGAUAUGGAAUUGGAAACUACUGUGGCUCGGCUUGUGAGGAACUUCAAUAUUGAAUUCAACUAUUCUGUGGAGAAUGCUUACAAGAACCGUUUGAUCAAUGUCCCGGCCAUACCACUUAAGUUUAAAUUCAGCGAAGUAGACCAGUAGUUGAAUGUUAAGUUAAUAAAAUUCUGCAUUUCAUA